CGCAGGCGCUGGAGGCGCGCGGGCCGAGUGGGAGCCGAUGAUUCCUAUAUGUCCCCUCGUCUCCUUCACAUACGUGCCCGGCCGGUUGGGCGAAGACGCCAAGAUGGCGGCGAGUAACUACUACGGAUUCGCGCAUGGCGGCGCCCAGUACAGUACACAACCUGCCACUGGCGUUGCAUAUUCCCACCCAAGCACACCAGCCAAUUACACUGUGCAACAAGCCCCACCAGUGGCUCACACGGUAACUGCAGCGUAUGCCCCUGUACCUGCUGCACCAGCAGUGAGACCGGCCACCUCGAUAGGAUAUGGAAGUUAUCAGACACCACACUCUGCAGCAGAUUAUGGCUACGGACAAAGGCAACCAGAAGCUGCCCCUCAACCGGCACCUGCCACAACACAAAGUUAUCAGCCAUACUACGAUCAAGGAGGAAAUUCGGAAAAGACGGAGUGGGGUUGGAUGACAGAUUUGAUCUAUGGUUCAUCUAAGGACAGUUACAAUUAUGCACGUCCCACAUCAACACCCACAUCAAGUUAUGAUAAGCAAUAUUAUCAACAACCUGUUUCAGCUGCUCCUCAGCCUCAACCUCAGCACACAGCCACAGAAUCGUACUACCAGACAGCCCCUAAAAACAGUUUCAGUCAGUCUGCUACCCAGUACACGCAAGCCCAGCAGCCAAGACAAGUUACUGCAAUAAAACCUGCACCCACUCCAAGCCCUGUUACAACCAGUUACACAGUGUAUCCAGUGGUGACAACUGUCCAGCCAACUAUCGCACCAGCCACAGUUGCAGUAUCUUACACACAGACUCCCACAUACAACACAACACCAGUUAGUUAUUCAGGAUCAAAUUAUUCUGGUUAUGAAGCUGCUGUGUACUCUGCUGCGACGUCAUACUAUCAGCAACAACCCAAACCACCAGCCACAACAUGGACUAGCGCUGGGACCGGAACCAACUCCAACACCGGGAACACAGGGUUCGUUAAAAAGCCUGCCUUCCAGAGCAAGCAGCAAAAACCGAAGCCACCGCCCAAACAGCCACAACUCCACUAUUGUGAUGUGUGUAAAAUUAGCUGUGCUGGCCCACAGACCUAUAGGGAGCAUUUAGAAGGCCAGAAGCACAAAAAGAAGGAAGCGGCUUUAAAAGCUGGGAACCAGACGAGCAGUGGGCCACGUGGUGCCCAGGGCCAGCUUCGGUGUGAGCUGUGCGAUGUCUCCUGUACAGGUGCUGACGCCUAUGCUGCACACAUUCGAGGAGCCAAGCACCAGAAGGUUGUUAAAUUGCACACCAAACUUGGUAAGCCCAUUCCCUCGACUGAGCCAGUUGUAGUGAAUUCAACGCCUGUUCCUCUAAGUAAGCCAGUCAGCAACAGUACCACCACCAAUACGGGCACCACACCAGCAGCCAGCCAGUUGCCUCCCAAACCAGCUGCUGCCUUCACAAAUAACACAAACAAAACACCACCAGUACCAGUGAAGAAACCCGUCACUCCCAAAAUUACAUUUGUAGGAGGUAACAAACUACCGUCAAUGGGAAACAAAGUUGAAGAAAUGAAAGUCCCCAAUUCUAAGCCAGAACCCCAGAUGCAAGAGUUCAAGCCCGAACAGAAUGUAGCACCAGCUCCUGCUCCUGCCAUCCCGGCCCAGCUUCAGAACGAUGUGCAGCCUGUGGGACAUGAUUAUGUUGAAGAGGUUCGUAACGAUGAAGGAAAAGUGAUCAGGUUCCACUGUAAGCUUUGUGAAUGUAGCUUUAAUGACCCAAACGCCAAGGACAUGCACUUGAAGGGCCGCAGACACAGGCUACAGUACAAGAAAAAAGUGAAUCCAGACCUUCAGGUUGAAAUCAAACCAAGCAUCCGAGCCAGAAAAAUCCAUGAGGAGAAGAUGAGGAAACAGAUGCAGAAGGAGGAAUACUGGAGGAGGCGUGAGGAAGAGGAGCGCUGGCGAAUGGAAAUGAGGCGAUAUGAAGAGGACAUGUAUUGGCGAAGGGUAGAGGAAGAACAUAUUUAUUGGGAAGAACAGCGUCGCAGGUUAGCACCAGACUGGCACCCACCUCCACUACUGGGAAGACUAGGCAUGCCACAAGCACCUGCACCUAUGCCUCCACGGCGUCCUGAUUCUUCUGACGAUCGGUACAUAAUGACCAAGCACUCAAACAUCUAUCCCACGGAAGAAGAAUUGCAGGCCGUGCAGAGGAUUGUGUCGCAAACCGAGCGGGCCCUCAAGCUGGUCUCUGAUAUGAUAGCUGAGCCAGAAGGCCAGAAAAAGGAACCCGAGAAAGAGAAGGGAAAAGGUGACUCUGGAACACGUGUGCUGAAAGGAGUCAUGCGUGUGGGAGUGUUGGCGAAAGGAUUGCUUCUACGCGGAGACCGAAGUGUUAACCUUAUCCUGCUCUCUGCCCAGAAACCAACGAAAGUCCUCUUGGAGAGAAUUACAACUAACCUCCCCAAACAACUCUCGACGGUAACUGAGGAAACGUAUGAAGUGAAAAGCUGCCCUCAAGACUCCAGCAUUGUACUCUCUACAAAUAAAGAGCCCAAAAUGCAGGUCACGAUUUCAGUCACAUCGCCAGUCAUGCGAGAUGAUGGUGUGAAGGACAAAGAAGAUGAGCCCACUGCCCCAGUGCAGGAUCCCCCGGAUAUGUUGAACAAACAAAAAUGUCUCGAGGCUCUGGCUGCCCUUCGUCAUGCCAAGUGGUUCCAGGCGAGGGCCAAUGGUUUGCAGUCCUGUGUGAUCAUCAUUCGAAUCCUUCGGGAUCUGUGCCAGCGAGUGCCAACCUGGGGAGCUUUGCCAGAUUGGGCGAUGGAAUUGCUGGUAGAGAAGGCCAUCAGCAGUUCAACGGGUCCAUUAAGUCCUGGUGAUGCAAUGCGCCGAGUACUGGAAUGUGUUGCUUCGGGAGUUCUCCUUCCAGAUGGCCCUGGACUCCUGGAUCCUUGUGAAAAAGACCAAUCGGAUGCUUUGUCCUGCAUGACCGAUCAGCAACGAGAAGAUAUUACAGCCAGUGCACAGCACGCAUUAAGGCUGUUGGCGUUUAGACAGAUCCACAAAGUUCUCGGCAUGGAUCCUCUGCCGCAGACAAAGCCUCGGUUUAACGUGCGUAAUCGUAAACGGAGACGAGACACCAGCGAGACCGCAGAGGGAGAAGGUGAAGGAAAGAAAGACAAAAAGGACAGUGAUGCAGGAGAUGGCUGAGUCCUGUCCUUGUGAUGCUAAAUUUUCAUUUCAGUUUUUUUUAUGAGUUGCUGUCUAGUCUAAAACAUUUGCAAUUUUAGUGUUUCACUUGAAUAACAGUGUACUGUAGAUCUGUUUUAAAUUGUGCUUAAAUCAGUAAGAAUUGCAUCAUUCCAUAAAGAUCAUGUUGCCUAUGGCAACAACUGUGCCCCUCUGCCCCUCCCCCUCAAAAAAAGUAACUCCGUUAAAUCAGUUGGUUCAGUCCAGAAAGGCAUUUUUUUAAAAAAAGUUAAACCAAAGUAAUGGCUCGCUCCCUGAUCAGCGUGAGGUGGCUUUCUCGUGUAAACACAUUAACAUUGGUUAAAAAAAAUUGCACUGCAUUCAGUCAAAGAUGGGUCACGUUUUUAUUUUAAAAAGGUAGCAUUGAAAAAUGUUUCUACAAGAACGAAUUGUAUAGUUCACACGGAUUAGUUGAAUGCAGAUCAUUUGCACUUCACUCUACAGGCACCUUCCACCUAAAUAUGUCAAUACCUGGUCCCGAUUCAAAAGCUAUGCAACGUCAGACACAGCCUCUGGGUUUAUCUGACAUGCACUAGAAAGGUGCUGGCUAUUUUGCUUAAGGUUGGGAGAGGGGAGCAAAGUUCUCUCAACUGACCUUGGCAUGACUGACGUUCACCCUAUACACUACAGUGCAGUUUACUGCAGGUUUGAACAGAGCAAUUUAUUUCAGAAAAGGACUGUUGUGGUCUGGGCUAACCCGUGACAUGUGGAGCUUUUCCGCUUUGGCCUGAAGCAGCCCAUUUCCAACACGUUUAGCUUUUUGACGGCAUCAGAAAUCGGGGUCUCUUGCAACUGGGUUUUUUCUGGGUUUGUUUUAUUUGACAGGACAGCCUGUAACUGGCUUGUUACAAAAUGUUUGUAGUGCUGCCCAUUAAAAAAGAACUUCAGACCUCUUGUGCAUGGAUUGUCUUGUGUGCGAUAUCUCCUUGCACCUUUCUCCUCUUUCCACCCCCACCAACCACACCCCACUGUCUGUCUGAGCAGUGGUUCAAUUUGAUCAGAAUAUUUAUAGUGCUAUUGCAAAGUUUUUCUGAUCUAUUCUGCAAAUUUUUCUAGUCAUAAGUUAAGUAAAUUCAAUUGUUUUGAAUCCCAUUUUCUCACGUUUGAGAACCACCUGAGAAUACUUUAAGCCUUAGUUAAGUUUCUGCAGUAGAAUUGCACAAUAAUUAGCAUGUUAUCCACAAUUCAGUAAACCAAUUACUGUUGUGUUUUUGAGUUGUCGUUGCACUGAUGAAAUCUGGUACUGAUAGAUUCUCUGGUAUCACUCAAAGGUGUUGUGGGUUAUUCAUAGCUUGAAGACUUAAAACCUUUUUUUUCUAAUUCUUUGUACACUUUUAGGAUUCAGUAUGUCAGGUAGGUAAGAGAUUCUAUAUUUUGGGUUUACAUCUGUCAGGAUUGUGCACUGUAGUGUACCACAAAAUCACAGAGACGUUUGCUCAGCAGGCACACACCGAGUAUAGAUAUUUUUGCAAGGCUCUGUCUGUUCCCUGACUCCGUGGUACCUAUAGCUAUCUCGAUGGAUCUUUUGAGCACCAGUUCCUUUGCGUCAAAUUCCCCUGCGCUGAGCUGAUUGUUGGAUUCAAUCCAGCCCAGCUACUAUCAGCUCCGAUAUCAAGCUCGGGGCAUUUUAUGCAAAAAUGAAAACUGACAUCUGUAGGUAACUCUCCUUUUUAAUGUACGGUUUAGCUAAUUUAAACUCUUAGAGUUUGUAUAGCUGGGGAAUAAUUUUCCACCGUGUAAGAGUACCCGAUUCAGGUUCACCUACCUAAGUGUUAUUUCAAUCGAAAUGUGGCUUUGUCAUGAGCUCUGUGGUAUUUAAAAGCGUAUAUUCAACUUUUGUCAGCUGUGUAUUACUGAGCUAGAGUAAAAGUGCUAAAAAGAAAAGCAUUGUAGAGGAUCGCUGUGUAGUUCAGGUCCUUUUUUAUGCUUUGAGAUAGCUGUUGACACACUGCAACUCUAUAAAAGAUUAAUUGGAAAUAAAACUCUUCAUGAAAGACUGCA